GCCCUCAGGGUGCAGCUCAGCUCUCACAGGUGACCCAGUCCCAGCAGAAAGCCUUGACCUCUCGCUUUUUCAGCACUUCAGAGGUUAAUUUUGUUGAGGGAUCAGAUUUCUUUCCAGGGGAAGUUUCUGAUGAUCACCUUCUAGCUAGGCUUUACUUGCCAGUGUCUCUCAGAGCUGCUGAAUGUGGAGGGCGCAGUCGGAAAACAACCUUGCUCCAAGUUUUUUUUUUUCCAAGUCUCUUCCUAGAUAGUCAAGUUACAGGCUGGUUUAUUGAGGGGGGGCAUUGGAUGGUAGCCUAAUGAAGGUAUCAACCUGCAAAAUAAAUCUGAGCCCUUUUCCUGGAAUUCUUCAUGGGCAGCAAGGUGGAGAGGUGCUUUGGCCAGGGAAUAUUGCAAGCUGGGAUGACAGCAGCUCCGUCAGCAGUGGCAUCAGCGACACCAUAGAUAAUCUCAGCACUGAUGACAUCAACACCAGCUCCUCCAUCAGCUCCUAUGCCAACACUCCUGCCUCCUCCCGCAAGAACWUAGAUGCACAGACCGAYGCAGAGAAGCACUCGCAGGUGGAGCGCAACUCGCUGUGGUCCGGCGAUGAGGUCAAGAAGUCUGACGGGGGCUCGGACAGCGGYGUGAGGAUGGAGCCGGGCUCCAAGUGGAGGCGCAACCCCUCGGACGUGUCGGACGAGUCGGACAAGAGCACGUCGGGCAGGAAGAGCGCCGUGAUCGCGCACACGGGCUCCUGGAGGCGCGGCAUGUCCGCCCAGGUGGGCAUCACCGCGCCCAGGCCCAAGGCUGCCGCCGCCGCCGCCGCCUCGGGCGCGCUCAAGGCACCCGGAACAGGGAAAACUGAUGACGCCAAGGUAUCAGAAAAGGGUAGACUAUCUCCUAAAGCUGGACAUGUUAAGCGUUCCCCAUCAGAUGCAGGACGCAGCAGUGGUGAUGAAUCCAAAAAGCUUCCCACAAGUAACUCUAGGACAGCUGCUGCUAAUGCUAAUGCAUUUGGAUUUAAGAAACAGAGCGGGUCAGCCGUAGGCAUGACCAUAAUCACUGCCAGUGGGGCAACUCUCACCAGUAGAUCGGCUACCUUGGGAAAGAUCCCCAAGUCAUCUGGACUCAUGGGUAGGACCACUGGUCGGAAGACUAGUGUGGAUGGCUCGCAGAACCAGGAUGAUGGCUACUUAGCACUUAGCGCACGAACUAAUCUUCAGUACCGUAGCUUACCCCGGCCCAGUAAAUCCAGUAGCAGAAGUGGAGCUGGGAAUAGAUCUAGCACCAGUAGCAUAGACUCCAACAUAAGCAGCAAGUCAGCCGGGUUGCCUGUCCCUAAAAUCAGAGAGCCUGCCAAGGUAAUCCUUGGGAGCUCUCUGCCAGGAUUAGUCAAUCAGACUGAUAAAGAGAAAGGGAUUUCGUCUGACAACGAAAGCGUGGCUUCAUGUAAUUCUGUUAAAGUGAACCCUGCAUCCCAGCCUGCUGCUAGCGGAGCUCAGAGUACCCACCAGCAAGGAGUCAAGUACCCYGAUGUGGCCUCUCCCACGCUGCGCAGACUUUUUGGUGGCAAGCCUAGUAAACAAGUUCCCAUCACAACAGCUGAGAACAUGAAGAACUCGGUAGUGAUCUCCAACCCCCACGCCACCAUGAGCCAGCAGGGUACCCUGGACUCGCCGUCGGGCAGCGGGGUGCUGAGCAGCGGGGGCAGCAGUCCCCUGUAUGGGAAAAGCUCUGAUCUGAACCAGUCCCCGCUGGCCUCCAGCCCCAGCUCAGCACACUCAGCUCCAUCCAACAGCCUGACCUGGGGCACCAACGCCAGCAGCUCGUCGGCGGUCAGCAAGGACGGCGUGGGCUACCAGUCGGUCAGCAGCCUGCACACCAGCUGCGAGUCCAUCGACAUCUCCCUGGGCAGCGGGGGUGGCCUGAGCCACAGCUCCCCCGGGGGCCUGGUGCCAAACACCAAGGAUGACCCCCUGACCCCCUUCGUGCGCACCAACAGCGUCAAAACCACCUUGUCUGAAAGCGACCCACACCUUGAUAGGAACACUUUGCCUAAGAAGGGACUCAGGUACACUCCAUCCUCCCAGCUCCGCAGUCAAGAGGAUGCAAAGGAAUGGCUCCGGUCCCAUUCAGCAGGAGGACUGCAGGAUACUGCUGGCAAUUCUCCAUUUUCAUCUGGAUCCAGCAUAACCUCACCCUCUGGAACGAGAUUUAACUUCUCACAGCUGGCGAGCCCCACGAGCGCGGCGCAGCUGAGCCUGUCCAACCCCAGCAUGCUGCGCACGCACAGCCUGUCCAACGCCGACGGCCCCGCCGAGCCCUACGGCGACGCGCGCUUCCGCAACAGCUCCAUGUCCCUGGACGACAAGAGCCGCACCAUGAGCCGCUCGGGCUCCUUCCGCGACGGCUUCGAGGAGGUGCAUGGUUCUUCUCUCUCUUUGGUGUCCAGUACAUCAUCUAUAUAUUCCACUCCUGAGGAGAARUGCCAGUCCGAGAUUCGCAAGCUGAGGAGAGAACUGGAUGCAUCCCAAGAAAAAGUGUCAGCUCUGACAACUCAGUUGACUGCUAAUGCUCACCUGGUGGCAGCGUUUGAGCAGAGCCUGGGGAACAUGACCAUCCGGCUGCAGAGCCUGACCAUGACAGCAGAGCAAAAGGACUCGGAGCUGAACGAGUUGAGGAAGACAAUUGAGCUCCUGAAGAAACAAAAUGCUGCUGCUCAGGCUGCCAUCAACGGGGUCAUCAACACACCUGAGCUCAACUGCAAAGGUGAGACACAAGCACCACAUGCAGGGACUUUGGGGCUCUCCAGUGAGACUUCAGUGCCCUGG